GUUCUGCUUGGGGGCUGGGAUGCCGAGGAGGUUUUCGUCGCCAUCAAACCUCUCUGAUGUUUCCCAGUUGGAAGCUAGCGACCACCAAAACAACGCUUCUAUUUGUCUCAAACUGCAGGCAAGCUUUCAGAUAAAUCAGUGGCUUCAUAUAACCAUUCAGACUUCACGGAGUGUCUUGUAUUUUGUUGCAACUAGGUGUCCACGAUACCCCCUCGUGACGCAACGGUUGCACUUUGACUUUGAGUCGCACGAAGUUUCAUCGACUUGUGCAAUAUUGAAACGCGACGCAGUAUUUAAAUCCGUGUGUCUGAUUCUUUGCGCAACUUUUGCCAGACGACCACUCUGCUGCUCCACGCCCAGAGCACGCCCAUCUGCUCAACUGCUUCCCGCGAGAAACCCAGUGACCGCCUCGUCCUUUCAAAAUAUCAGGCUACGGAUCGCCUCAGUACAGGAGCAACAGAAGUUCUACCAUGUUGGAAACUGCAGAAAGCCAAGUGGCACAGGUUGCUGUAAAUGAACAGAAGCCUCCCAAAGAGCCUCCUGUCUGCAAGUUCUUCAACUCAAAGAGGGGAUGUCGUCAUGGAAGACAAUGUCGAUUCCAGCAUGUCAUAAAAGAUAGCACUACUCAGAGGGAAGAAAGGUCAACAGCAGCAGGAGAUGAUGGUGACGUGACUGAUGAAGCAGGUGAGUCUGUGGACCAGAAAUCAGCUCCCAAAGACGUGACGUCAAAACCUCCACCCAACAAGGGAAAACUGUGCUGGGUCUUCAGCCGUGGUCAAAGGUGCAGGUUCGGCAGUGACUGCAGAUUCUUGCACGAGAGGCGCAUAGGUGGUGCAGAAACAGGUGAAGACCCAAGAAGUAAGACAGAAGAUCUCAGGGAAAGACCUGCUCAGUCUGCAAGGAGGACAGGGCAGAGCAGGUCCAAAAAGCUCUGCAGGUACUUCAAAAAUGGCAACUGUACUAUGGAGGAUAGGUGCAAAUUCUUUCACCCCAAGACACUUGACAAUGUAGAAGUCAGCAAUGAUUUAAACAGUGGUUCCAAAGAAGAGCUAGUGGAGGAGGUUGCUCAGCAUCCAUUGGUGCCACAAAAGGCUGAGCAGCCAAGCCGUGUUAUCCAGGCUGCCCACAAGCCAGUACCAAGACCAGCAAGGCCUACUGUAAGCAUGGAGGGAGCAACUGAUGAGGAACUUGGUAAGCUUCAAGAAACAGAGAUCUCCUUGCUCAAGAAAAGAUUCAGCAAGGAGGAUAUAGAAGAUAUCACUGAGGAAGGCAGCAGGUGCAAGGCCUACAAGAUACGCAUGUCUCCUAGUGACCCAGACUGGCCCUUUGAUGUACAAGUCUUUGAACUCUGUGUAAACAUUCCGGAGCAGUAUCCUGUACAGGUUGCUGACAUCAGCUUGACAAUAGACCAAGCACUUCCAGAGACAGUUAUCAGACACUUGAACCAGGAAAUUAAAGACUGGCUGCAGGAGAAGCAGACUUCCCACGAAAGUACCGGACGAGCCGAGCUGAUGUUUCGUCCCUUUCUGCACUGGUUUGACCGUAACCUGGAGGACAUGUUCACAGAAGCAGCCAAGCUGUUCAAAAAGGAGGUUGUAGCCAAUGCUGCUGGACUGGAGUUUGUGCCCUUUCAAAGUCUUCCCUCAGCACAUGCCAAAGACAAACAUACUGCAGCUGCUAGUCAGGAGUCUCAGGCUGCUACAAGGUCACAAGAGAAAGGACCUGAUGCUAAUUUACAGAUAGGGAAAGUUAUUCGGCCAAAGUCUAAGAAAGAUGAACCUCAGAAGUACCAAGCACCCAAGGAAAGGGGAGAAAUUUCCCAGGUUCAGAGAGAAGAAGGUGGCAAGUCAGGUGCGAAGACACCUGAAGUAUGUGCUGCUCCAGUGAAAAAGGGAACUGAGGCCAAGUUCAUAAAUCUGGAGAUGAGUGAAGAUGUUGCCACAGUCUAUGCACAACAGAUUGUUGUUACAGUCCAGUGUAUAAGGUGCAAAAGCCGUCAUGAUGUGAAGACCCGUCCCCAGCAGCUGCAUGUGAUCAGCUGUCAGAAGUGCCAGCACCAGUACAAGGCAGCCUUCCGCCCUGCUGUCAUGCACCAAUACUCGCCUGUCAUUGGCUACUUUGACCUGGAUGGAUGCGUGCCAUUUGACCUGAUUGUGGUGGAAUGUGACUUCCUGAUUGGCUGUCUGCAGUGUGACAAAGAAACAAACUUCAAAGGUGUCCAGCCUGGCCAGCACCGGGACUUGCGAUGUUCCCACUGCCAUCAAAGGCUGAGGCUGAAGGGCAGCUCAGUGAAGUUCACACAACUGCAGCCUUCUCAACCCUCAGGAAACGGCCAGGUCAUUCAUACCCAGACUAAGAGUAAGAGGGUUCCCAAAGACCCAGCUAUCCAGGAGGGCCUCCCUCUGCCCAGCAAUGGUAUCUGUAAACACUACAAGAAGAGCUUCAGAUGGCUCAGGUUCCCAUGCUGUGGUAGGACGUAUCCCUGCGAUGUGUGCCAUGAUGAAGAACAGAAAGGAGACCAUGAGAUGAAACUGGCCAACAGGAUGAUCUGUGGCUUCUGCGCCAAGGAACAGCCAUUUGCAGCAGACAAGCCGUGUGUUCUGUGUGGAUCCAACAUGAAGAAAGGAGGCGGCAGUCACUGGGAAGGAGGCAAAGGCUGCCGGGACCAGAUCAAGAUGAGCAGGAAUGAUAAUCAAAAGUAUCAUGGGAUAAACAAGACCGUCUCACGGAAGGAGCAGGAAAAAAGGGAGCCAAAGAAGAAGGCUAAGAAAGCUGAUAAAUAAGGGCAAUGCCCUGUAUCAUGUGCCUCUAUCCUCAGUUUUCAGUAUUACUCUUAAUUUCUCACUUGAUCACAAUGUUGUGAUUUCUGUUAUUUUGUGAUCAUAAGCAUGGUUAUAAGUCUACUGUGAAAAAUGGAACUCACUUUGAUUUCUUGAUUUCAUGCAUAUGUGCUGUAAAUGCACCACUGAUCUUCUCAUGCAAGUUUUUAAAGCAUGGAAAAAUUUGCCAUAGCUUACUACACUGUAUUUGGUAAAAGGAAAUGCUCUGCAAGGAGUGGAAAGGGAUGUUCGAAUGGAAGUAUUAAUGGAUAAAGGUGUUUGCUGAAGUUGUAAAGGGGACACAAUACACACUGUAGUGCAUAUCAGAAGUAAUGCAACCUAUCAGUUUGUUGUAUAUUCCAGAACAAAUAAUUUUUGUGGGAAUGUUAGUACCCCAGCUAGUGUGUAUUAACUUGGCAUAUGUCACUGUUGAUGGCCUGAAAAUACCGGUGCUGAUACAUAUAUGGUAAUGCGUCUAUUCGGAGGAUGUAAAUAGCAAAUGAAUAAAGCAUAAUACAAUUAAGUUUUUCAUUCUUAAUAUCAAUAAUUGAUGGAUAAUAAGUGCAGGCAGUUAACUUCUCCAUAUAGGGGCAAAAACUAAUCUAAUAGAAGCCUUAUAUAUUGAUGUGCCCUAGAAAUGAAUAGCCAGUUGUGAAAUUAAAGAAAUAAUCUAUGUAGAUUGGCAGGUCUUGAUAGACCUACUUGAAAAUUUUAGUUGCUGUGAGGAUACCUUUACCUAUAAUGUUAGUUGAAGCAAAUGUACUUGGCUAAAUCCCCUGGCAUGUUAUCUGUCUAUUUUGCCAAUUUUCUACUCUUUCCAGCCACUUUGAAGCCUGGUAGAGGCUACUAGUAUUACACAUCAACUACCUCAGUCCACACACAGACAUUACUGUAUAAAGAUGCCCUCAUAUUUGAAACCAAAGUACACCCACAUAUUUUUGCUUUUACAAUACCCAUUUUGUACUAAUAGACCAUGAGACUGACUGAUUUGAAAUCAAUUAAUAUUUAUUUUGCUUACAUUAUUCAUGACUUUCAAAGAAAUGGCUGUCCUGUAAAUUUUUAAAAACCCACUAUUCAAAAUAGCAAAUGCCAUAAAAUACAUCCGUACGUCAAUACCUAAUUGUAAACAAAAGGCACUUGCAUUGUAACAAUUUAUAUAAGAUGUUAAAAACACAAAACACAUAAUAGUAGACUACUCAAACUGUACAUUAUGACAUUCAGGCCUCCAUACUGCAAUUGUUAGUUUUGAGUAUCCCAAUUAUUUGUAGUAAGCCCUUAUACUACCUUCUGCUACAAGUUUUGAGACAUUGCAUGACGUGUACAUGGAUGAAUAACUAUGGGUUAAAUUUGACAGAUACUCUGAUAUAACAAAACAAAACUACACUGUGUCAAAAUGUACAAGAACAUAUUAUGAACAUUGAUAGUACACUAUAUAAACACUGAUUAUAUGACUGUAGUAUGAGGGAUUACAUGUAGUUGUACUUACGUAUAUACAUUCAGACAGACAGACAUUCUCUCUUCAUUCUACAGCUUAGCCAAAAAUUUACCUUGCAGAACUUUAAGCCCCAAGAAGUUGCUAUAUAAAGGUACCUUUCCUACCAGUACCCAGGUUCGCUAUUGUGCAUCUUAGUUUGGCUACAAAGACAAAAAAGGGCAACACUAGGCCUUCUUGUCUUAAGGCCAGGAAUCUAGUUAUUCACAUUGCAUAUAAGGAUAGUCAAGAACAGUCAUAAAAAAUUUGAGGAUUAUUACAUCCUUGGUCUUUUCUACUGGGUAGAUUUCACAAUAAUCGCAUACGGCUUUUGGACCUCUUAACGUGAAAUUUUGUGCAUGGGUGAUUUUAUACAUCUCACUUGAGAACAUCUUAGUUCCAAAGUUUGAAUCCUGGUGCCUUUCAAAAGGGCUAGUGGAAGAGGAACAUUACAUAACAGACAGUAACUAGCUACAGAUUGACAUUACCAUAGAAAAGAUAUUUCCAACAAAUACUCACAUUACUGAUUCUAAAAUAAGUGUAGUUUUUGAACAGCUGGGUUAAGUUCAGCAGCCCUUCUGGAUAUGCUACCUUGUGCUUAGGCCUGCUGGGACCCAUGUCUCUACACACUUGACCUAAUAUCACAUGUUCUGUCACAAAUUAUAUAGUAUAGGGACAACAGAAGUUCCCAUGAAAUGCCACCAGGUACAA